GAAUUUGUCACUGGACGUCGGCAUUCUACCAUGAUGCACUAGUAUAUUAAUCAGCAAAGAGCAUAAAAAGGCUUUCCGGAAACUUACUUUUGAAGUAUAUUCACGUACAUACGAUUAAUCGAAACACCAUUGGAAAACACUCAUUGUGCUUGAUCAGAACAGCGCAAUUCAACUGCUGCUUCAGUGAUGUUGAUCGGAAUGAUGGAACAUUUUCCGCACCAAUGACAGGCGUGCUACUGAAGCUUGUGAUCAAUGACUGGCCGAUGCUUGAUAAGCACUUUGUCAUUAGCCAACGCAACUGACCCCUUCCGCCCCAUUUUCUCCAAAAUAGUUUGUCUCACGGAAGACAAUCGAGAGGCACUUCAAUGCCAAGGACAUCUGCUCUAGUGAUUAAGCCCCAUAAGCAAACGGGACGAAUAGUUUGGAGAAAUACCAGAUCAUUUGGAAUGUGCGAAUGGAUUCAACGGUCAAACUGAACCAUCACGCUUCCGAAAGCAUUUCCUCCGCGAUACGCAGUGACCACACGCUUACAACAAUGGACACGAAUACAAAAGUAACCAAUUCCCUGUUGUCUUCGGUCAACCCAACUCCCGUUCCUUGUGGUCAGUGUACCACUGCGCAGCCGGUAAUUAUUACGACCCCGGCGUUGCAGCUGGCGCAGCUUGCUCAUUCCGGUCACGUAGUAGUUGGAGGUUCACGGCCUACCCACGCUUUAAUACAGGGUUCCGGAGUUCCAGCUCUGUUCGAUACCCUCAUCCAUAGAGGUUUGCCAUCUCGUUCCGCUCUGGUUGCUGCUUCCAACCUACGUGAGGUCCAAACACUGCCGCGGUCCAUGGACCAUGUGAUACACCAAACAGGACAGAGGUACCAACCCGUUGUGUUGGCCAACCAAGCAGGCAACGCAGCCGUCCUACCAGCGAUGCAUGCUGGUCAGUCGUACCAAGUACUCGCUUAUCCUGUGCAUCAACAGGCGAGCGGAUCCGUGCAUUCUAGUGGACAAAAGCAGUCUAGUGUCCCAGUCUCCUCAAGCGUAGUGCUUGCAAGUGUCGUGGUCCCGGACGGAUCCAGUGGCGAAGCAAACAAUCCUGUGAGAAUGGCUCACGUGGUGUCAGCCAACGGAUUGCCGGCAACGACGACCACGCAGUUGGUUGUUUACUAUCCACAACAUGUGUCCGGAAUUGUUACACAGUCAACCAGCAUAACGAACCACCGCGCAGGUGAUGAACAAGCGAAUACGGCCCCCACAGUGUAUUAUGCCGUGGCGCCUUCCGACUUACUUCGACAACUACAGGGUAAUCAUCCUGUGCCAACCGAUCUAAACAUGCGUCAGCAAUUAUUAUCAACUCCGUCAGGCCUUGUGCUGCUACAGCAACAUGGACCCGGGCUAACAGGCUUCAAACCGCAUCUCAAUGUUCCACAGAAACAAUUGCUGGGCGACACCGAGAGCUCUGUUUUGCCGAAGCAAUCGCGGGCCGAAACGGGACAAAGAGGCGGAUUAAUUUGCACCUGCCCUCCAGAGGUACACCAAGCCAUCUUUGAACAGCAACGUCGACAACAACAGCUACUGCAUCAUGGACAAUCGUCACAGUCAUCCGUGAAGGCAAGUGAAUGCGAACAACAACCGCACGUUGAGGGAAAGACAGAAAAUAGAUCCUAUCCGAAAAUGCUGGAAAACGGUGGCUCAUUAAGGCACUUCCACGAGAAACCAUCGGACACCGCCAAUCGACACGUGGGAUCCCAUGGCGUGCAGCAUCAAACGACUGACUCAUGUUGCCCGGUGAAGCUUCAAAAUCACUUCGAUCCCACCCAACUACCCUUAGCCAGUGAAGAAAAGGCAGAAAAAGAGGCACACGUCAACUACCUGGUGACUUUGUUCAAGGCAUUGAAGGCAUCUGGAGUACAAACUGAGGCAUUCGUAAGCGCAUUCAGACGGGCGGAACUGUGUUCACAAGGAGAAAAGCACCGUCGGUUAUUGAUAGCAAACAAAGUUCAACUGGAAGAGUGCCGCCAAUCGAUCGACUACCUACGUCAAUUGCAUAAAAAGUUCAAACAAAAGAUUUCGAUGGAGUUGAAAACGUGUCGAGAGCAUACAGUGAAACUGUUGAAUCACUGGAACACGCAAGUUAGUGUCUGUUCAGAUCCCGGAUUAAAAGCGGUGCGUGAAGAUCGCGCAUCCCUAGACCGAAUGUUGACAGAUCUGCGGGAAUCUAAAGCCAGUUUGGUUGAACAACUGCACGAUCUUGAGUGCGUUAUUGAACAGACCGGCAAGGAUGUGCUUCAACACCGAUGCCGCAUUACACUACCGUACGUGCAGACGUUAGACAGUCGCCUGGAUUCCAUCACUCGAGCGGUCGGUUCCACGUGUGUGAUUUACCCUGAGAUCCGCCAGCGUUUAGUGAACCAGCAGGAGGCAGAACUCAGAGCCAUUGAGCUGGAGAAAAGACUCCUGGAUGAGCAGCUACACCAACUGGAGGAUAUCGGUGAAAAAGGCAAACGAAUCAAAGGAACAAUAUUGACACUUCGACGACUAGCCAAUGAUCCGCUUACCGAGAGUAAAGUCUGCGCACUUUCCUCUGUUGUUCUAAAGGCCCGGAGAAAUCGCGGAUUAGACGAAAGUGUUGCUUCGGAGCCUGAGCCUGAUUCAGAUAUUUUGCAUGAACCUGUACUGGAGGAACGCCGUAGUCAGAUCGAGAAGCAACUUGGCGAGGUUCGCUCACAGCAGAAGCGUGAGCUCGAAUCUAGUGAAGCUUUGCUUAAAGAGCUACUAAGGCAAAAAGAUGUUGAGACUUCCUGUGCAGUGAAGAAUGAAAAGUCGAGAACGACGGAAGAGCAAGACCUGAAUACACUAGGGCACGAAAGACCCUCCGCAAUGCGUCAAACCCUAGGAAAAUCAAAAUACGAAACGACGAUCAAUGAUGAUGCGGAGGCAGCGUACGAACAGCUGCUACGACAAGAGGCCGAAAAAUUUCGUCUAUCGAAUGAUUCGGUUACUCGUCCCAAGGUUGGAACUAUGCCCUUAUCCCUCAGUUUGAAGCCCGGUGGAAACAUUUGGUAACUAUUUCUCUAUUGUCAGCAAAAAUGCAUUUUGUGAGCGAAUUCGGAGGUGAAUGCUUUAUUCCGUAAAAUGUAAGCAAAAUUCCGCUGCUAUUUUUGAUACGGACUCCACUUUUUUCUCUCAAUUUGAAUAGACCAGGCUUCCACGGACAGUGUCAUGCUGUGAACUAUCCUUUACUGGUAUGUACAUCUAAGCUCUCAACGUAAGUGGUCGUAAUUCAAAACUGCUCAGCAUUUCAUUUCCC